GAUCGAUUAUAAUCAGCUGAAAUGUCAGAUAAAAUCAAAUCAGUGGACUUCUGCAAAAUAACUGGCCUGUGCUCAUGAAAGACAAAGAUCUGUGAACUGAAGAACUCUUCCAGGCUAAAGGAGACUGAAUGCCCUUGACAGUGAACACAACACAGAAUCCUGGAGUUUCUUUCACCAUAAGGACAGCCUACUUCUCCCUGCAGGUGAUCUCUGCACGCAGAGCCUUCCGCGUGUCGCCGCCGCUCACCACCGGCCCGCCCGAGUUCGAGCGUGUCUACCGAGCCCAAGUGAACUGCAGCGAGUACUUCCCGCUGUUCCUCGCCACGCUCUGGGUCGCCGGAAUCUUCUUUCACGAAGGUGCGGCGGCCCUGUGCGGUUUGGUCUACCUUUUCGCGCGUCUCCGCUACUUUCAGGGCUACGCGCGCUCGCCGCAGCAAAGGCUGGCUCCCCUGUACAUGAGCGCGAGCGCGCUCUGGCUGCUGAUAUCGCUGGCGGCGCUCGGCCUGCUAGUCCACUUUCUCCCGGCCGCGCUGCGCGCCUCGCUCCUUGGACCGUUUCGGACGCUGCUGCCCAGGGUUUGAGAUGGAGGACGCCAGGUCGACGGAACGGGAGAAAAGCCAGAGCUUCCGGGAGGACAAGGGAGGGGGUGCUCUCUUUAUCCUUAAUCUUCAAUUAAAGUGCCGGUAACCGGG